AUAGGCAUUGGCUGAGAGAGAGCCAGCGUUAUAGCUGCUCCUGCUUGAUAAGGAAAGCACGAGGAGAGGGCGCUGUACGUCAUGGCAUCCAAAGACACCGUCGCGACUGCUUUUCUCACCGUGAGUCGGGAAAUGACAGAGAGCAUCAGACGAGUUAUCGACAAGACAUCAACCAAGUUGAUGAGAGCUAUCAAAGUUGAGAACAAGAGUGGCAAAUCAGAAGAUCGGAUUCUGGUUUUGGCAACAUGGCGGCUGUACCUCAUGGCCCCCAAGAUACCAACCAAGGUGGAACAAACGUUCAACUUCCUGGAGAUUCGGGCAAUGAACACCCACCCGGAUAAUCAAGUUGUCAUAGAAACAGACAAGUCCCCAUAUUCCCUGAGGCUGCAGUCUAAUGACCACCUGGAUCAGCUGAUUAGCCACAUCAACUUUGCUCUCUCUCGGAUCUUCAACAACUCCAUCUACACCCCCUCCAUCUUUCACGCAGAUGGAGAUGUUACUGAUGGAAAUCGGAAAUUUUCUCCCAGCUCUGAGAGUUCGGUGGAGACGCAAAGGGCAUGAGGGGGCUUUUCUGAGACAUAUGCAGCUCUGUGCGAUUACAAUGGCAUUACCUGUAAAGAGGAAGUGCAGUGGGAUGUGGAUACCAUCUAUCAUUCGCAGGAUAACAGGGAGUUUAACCUGUUGGACUUCAGUCACCUGGAAAGCGGGGACCUUGCGGUGAUUGUUGCGGCCAUGGCGUAUAACUCAUGGUUCACCAAACUUUAUUGCAAAGACUUGCGCAUUAGUUCAGAGGUCGUAGAACAGAUUCUGCACACUGUCAGUAAAUCCAGCAGUCUGGAGGAGCUCACGCUGGAAAAUGUGGGCCUUAAAGCAGAUUUCCCACAGAAAAUGGCCACUGCCCUGGCAGAAAACCCAGCAUCAGUCAUACACUCCAUUAACUUGGCCCACAAUACACUGGACAACCAAGGGGUGUCUAACCUUAUCCAGCAGGUGUGUCGGCUCAGUAAAGGCUUGCGUCUACUGACCCUCUCCAAGACGUCGCUCUCUUCAAAGGGUGUCACGUCUCUUUCUCAGGCCCUGUGCUCCAGUGAUGACUACUCUAACUCUCUUCUUCAUCUGGACCUGAGUAAGAACCCAGGGAUUCUGUCUGGAGAAGAUGCAACGAAUCUGUACCUGUUCCUGGCACAGCCGAACUGCCUGGUGCAUUUGGACCUGUCAGGCACUGACUGUACCGUAGACUCAUUAUUUGGAGCUCUGCUGCGGGGCUGCUGUGCCGAUCUCUCCUACUUUAACCUGUCCAAAAACUCCUUCUCUCACAGGAAAGUGAGAGAGACACUUCCUUCAUUCCGUCAGUUCUUCAGUUCAGCAUUCAGCCUCACUCACAUCAGUCUGGCAUCUAUGAAGAUGCCUCCCGACGUGCUGAGGGCUCUGUUCCUUGGGCUUUCAUCCAAUCCUCACAUCACUGACCUACACCUGGACAUCAGCAGCUGUGAGCUCAGGUCUGCUGGAGCAGGGAUAAUACAGGACCUAUUCCCCAGAGUCUCCUGCAUCAGCACACUGGACAUCUCAGACAACGGGCUGGAUGCUGAUCUCCUCUGUGUCAUUCCUGCCUUCUCCAGACACCCUUCCCUCAAACAUCUGCUGCUGGGCAAGAACUUUAACAUCAAGGGCAGGGUUCUGGACGAGGUUCUGCAGAAACUAGUGCAUCUGGUGCAAGAGGAAGAGUGUGCCCUGCAGAGCUUGUCUCUGGCUGACUCCAGGCUGCGUUCGAGGGGCACGGUGCUUGUGAACGCCCUCGGUAGCAACGCCUGUCUGAAGAAGGUGGACUUGAGCGGGAAUGGACUCGAUGACACAGGAGCGCGGAUGCUCAGUAAAGCUCUACAGAUCAACACCACGCUCAGGUACUCGGGGUUUUCGUGUAACACUUUCCAGCUUCCUAGAGCUCAUUCUUCUCUCUCGUGUUGCGAUGUUUGGGGAAAACUUUUAUCCUGCUUCUCGAUGGUCUUCUGCUCUCUCCUCAGUAACUUCACUCUGCAGUACAUGCCUAUCCCACUCAGUGAUGUCACACAGGCAUACCGUAGCGCCCCAGAGAGGACAGAACAGGCACUAACCAAGAUCCAGCGGGCUUUGUUAAGGAAUAACCAGACUCAGCGGUUCUCUCAGAAACAGGCUCUUCGGUUGCAUCAGGGCCUGGUUACUAGUACCGCAGAACAGGUGAUGGAGCGUCUGUGUGUGCGUGUGCAGCAGCAGGUGUGUGUGUUGAGAGGAACAGGUGAAGGGGAAGAGCUACAGGCUGCCAGACAGGUCCUCAAGGAGGCCAGGAACUCUCGAGCUCUGUACCCCUCGCUGUGUGAACUGGCCCACGUGCUGUCAGUGGACGGUCCGGUGAGACAGCGGCUGGACUCUCUGGCUGGAGAACUCGCCAAAGCAGCUGAUAAAGAACUACAGGUCAUUGUGGACUCCAUGGUGUCUCUGUGCCGGGAGCUGUGUCCGCUUUCUUGUGCCGCAGCGGAGUGUCUCUCUCCUCCCCUCUCCUCCAUCUCUGAGCGCGUGUCCAUCCCUCGUUCGUCCAUCCGCACCGCUUUGAUGGAGAGAGCAGCUCAGGACAUCAACAGAGCUCUGGAGGAGGUGAAGCUAUCUGUGGUCUCGUAUCUCACAAACUCCAUAGUGGACCAGAUCCUACAGGAGCUUUAUGCCACACACAAAACCCUGCUCCGGCAGGUUUCACAGAUGAGACGGCUGGAAGACGGGGGAACAGCCAGGCGCACACAUAGACAUGCUGACAUACUGGAUGUUGUGGAGGAUGACUUUGGCAUCAGCAUAGACACAAUCGCCAUUAAGAAACGCAGCUCCAGGACCAGACGCAUUCGUCCCGUGUCCAACAGACUCAGUCUAGGUGACGACCCCAACUCUUCACCUUUAGUGUCCACUCCUCAGACAUCUGCUCCCCUUUCACGCUCAGCAUCAUGGGAAGGUCUGUCCACCCUGCCCACACAGGGUUCUCCUCUGCGUCAUGUGACCCAUGUCAGACCGCGUCCACCACGAAGACACAGGACUGCACACGCUCCCUUUGAGACACACUGCUCGGAGAAUGGUGGAGUAUCUCUAUUGGAUGAUGGACUGCCUGACUUCUACACCAAGAGAGUUUUACCAGACAGUCAGCUGUCAUCCCACCAUCACGCUCAGGCUCUGAGGAGAAAGAAAAGACGCAGUGUGCUGUCAAUCUUUUCUGGAUUCAGGAAGAACCACAACUCUACCAUAUCAUAUCAGGAGUCAGACCCUACAGGAAGGGGCGGGGCCUGUGGGGAGGAAUGUCGCACUAAUAUUGCCACUGAGAAUGUGUACUCCUUGAUUCAACACCCAAAGGAUCGUGUGAGGUUAGACGUAGGCACUGAGGGCACCAAUGGGAGGCUGGUUGGGCCGGGUGUUCAGAGGACCCCUCAGCUGUCAGGACGGCCUGUUCAUGGUAUACCCCUGCCAGGAAUGAUGGGACUCAGCCCCUCCUGCUUUUCACAGAGACAGUCGCCUGAUUACAGUGAGGUGUUCGGCUCAUCAGAAGAGAUUGGAUACGGAGAGCAUGAGAUGGACCAGCAUUCAGAUAUCGUUGCUAAAGGGCACACCCCAUCUAUAGACAGACAGUCAGAAUCAGGAAGACAGGAAUCACAGUCAGACAGCCAGAAAAAGGCAGACAGUAUAAUGGACCCUCAGCUGCUGGAAACCAGGAAAAGACCAGAGCCUCCGCCUCAGAGUACCAAGCCGAGUUUAGCUAAGACACGACAACGCCAUCUGGAGGAGAGCUCUGAUAAAUCUAUUGAAGAUUCUGGAGAACUGAGGGAGAAGGAUGAGGAAAAAGAAGACGGGAGAUGUGGAGAAGACCAAAAACCAGAAGGACAGUCUCCACCUAUCCCUGAAAAGCCAUGUUAUUAUUCACCUCACACGUCUCCCAUUGGCUCCUCACCACAAGACGUGACCAAUGAGAAUCAGCCACCAGCUGCUCCGCCCACCUCAGCUAAGCCUGUGUUUCAUUCUGCUUCAGUAGAUUCUGCUUUGCUUCAAGGUGAUGAAGUCAAAAGCAGCCCUGGAGGUCCCAUGAAACCACAUCGAAAUAGGAAAGCAAACUCGUGUGACACAGGAAUGGAGCAGGAUGCCCGCUGUGAUCUGGAGAGAUCCUCAGAUCGCAAACCCCCUGUGAAAAAACCUAGACUCCCUCCGAAACGAAAUAAGUCCUUGGAUUUCCCCGGUCAUCAGAGUUUGGAGCCAAGCAACGCUGAAGCAUCAUGACAACCAUUUUAGCCAAAGCUCUGUGAAAACAGAGGGUCAUUGUGAUGCUGAGAGGAGAGAGGGAGAGAUAUGAUCAGCAGAUGAAUUUGCACCUUGAUGAAUUCAUAAAGACUCUUGCUUUCGGCUCUCAGACAAUUUCAUAGUCAUUUUACACACAUAUUCAGCAUAUUGUUGCUUACUCAAGUGAGUUGUUUUACUUCCCCUCCUGCUUUUACGUAACCAUCAUUCUUAACCUUCUGCAUUUAACUACGAUUCCUUUAUUUCACUCUCUCUCCGUCUCUCUCUCUUUUGACAAUCUUUGACAUAAAGGAACUUUUUGCUAUUUAUCUUUAAAACCAUAGAAUGAUAUUUUGUAAAGUAUAAUAUAUAAACAGAACCAAUAUUUGCACUAAUCAUCGCUUGAAUUCUCAUUCGGUUCGGUGGAUGUACCCCCCCCCCCAUGUCCGACAUUACCCACGUGAAGUUUUGUAGUGUGCGACUAACUUAUUCUUAUAAUUUCCUGUCUACUCGAUCAAUAUCAGUAGCAGUAUUACUGUUGUCUUAAUCAGGCAUUGUUUAUGCAACUGGAUAAAUGUUUAAGAGUUUGCUGGCCCUAAAUGAGCUUUAUUUUCUACUAAAUGUGAUUGAAUGAAUA